AUGAAGUUCGGAAGAGAAUAUGAAGCGCAAAUGAUCCAAGAAUGGAGAGAAGCCUAUAUGGAUUAUGGUUCUCUCAAAUCCAUCGUCAAACAACUCCUUCGUUACCACCUACAAAACCAACAACGUCCAUAUCAUCCUCCUCCUCCUCCCACCGGAGAGACCGCACCUCUCCAUGCAGCUAGCACCGGCGGGACCGGCUCAGCCGGUCUAUCAAGAAGAGUCUCUCUUUACCGUGCAUUCAGCGGUCUAACAAACCGAGCCAAAGGCUCCCCCAAGAAAUCACACAAACACAACAAUCCUCUAAGCAGCAAACGUCAUUACCAUCUCUUUGACGAUGACGAGGAUCAAGUCAUUCUCAUCAACGAGGACGAGACGGGUAGCUACAACACGACGUUUCUAUGCUCCGCGGAGGAAGGAGGAGAGAUGGAGGUUCAGUUUUUCCGGCGGCUUGAUGGAGAGUUCAACAAGGUUUUGAGAUUUUAUAAGCAGAAAGUGGAGAGCGUGAUGGAGGAGGCUGAUGAGCUUAGUAGACAAUUAAAUGUUUUGAUUGCUCUUAGAGUUAAGGUUGAGAAUCCAAAUGUUGACUUCCCUGACAUUAGUAGUAUCUCGAGUGCUCCUUCUUCUCCACACAACAGGACUCCAGCCAUUUCCCCAAUGGAAGUGAUUAAAGAAAUGGAACAAGUAGAAGAUAAGAAAGUCUUUAAACCUGCUCCAGUAGAAAUGCUGGAUCAUAUAAAGCUCAAGAUCGAACCAGAGACUCCAUUGUCAAUGCUUAAGUGCAUGAUCAUGGGUCUUUCAACUGAGCAAACCUUCAGCAAACCGGAGCUUAAAAGAGCCGAGGAGCUUAUGGACCGCGCUUUUGUUGAGUUCUACCAGAAACUUAGGUUCCUAAAGAGUUAUUGCUUCUUGAAUCAGUUGGCGUUUUCAAAGAUACUAAAGAAGUAUGACAAGACUACUUCUAGGAAUGCAUCUAAGCCUUAUCUACAUACAGUGGAUCAUUCUUAUUUAGGAAGCUGCGAUGAGGUCUCAAGGCUCAUGUCAAGAGUGGAAGCUACGUUUAUUAAGCACUUCGCCCAUGGAAACCACCGUGAAGGAAUGAAAUGUUUAAGGACUAAAGCUAAGAGGGAGAAACACAGAAUCACAUACUUCCUUGGUUUCUUUUCUGGUUGCACCGUAGCUCUAGCCAUUGCGAUAACGGUUCUGGUACAUAUAAGAGGCAUAACAAAAAGUGAAGGCAGGCAUCAAUACAUGGAGAACAUCUUCCCUCUUUACAGCAUGUUCGCUUUCGUUGCGGUUCAUUUGCUUAUGUAUGCAGGAGACAUAUAUUUCUGGAGUCGAUAUAGAGUUAACUACCCCUUUAUCUUCGGGUUUGACCAAGGGACUGAUCUUGGUUAUAGAGAAGUUCUUCUUCUAGCCUCUGGUCUAGCAGUUCUAACAUUUGGAGGAGUUAUCUCGAAUCUUGACAUGGAGAUGGAUCCGAGAACAAAAGAGUUUAGUGUCAUCACUGAGCUUGUUCCUUUAGGUCUUCUCAUGUGCUUCAUGAUUACUCUGUUUUGUCCACUCAAUAUAAUAUAUCGGUCAAGCAGAUAUUUCUUCAUUGGGUGCGCCUUUCGUUGUCUUUUAAGCCCACUAUACAAGGUUAUUCUCCCGGAUUUCUUUCUCGCAGAUCAGUUGACCACUCAGGUGCAAACAUUCAGAAGCUUGUUGUUUUAUGUAUGUUAUUAUGGUUGGGGAGGAGAUUUCAAGAAAAGAACACACACAUGCUAUGAGAGUGAAAUUUACAAAGAACUCUACCUUGUUGUUGCCAUCAUUCCUUACUGGUUCCGCUUUGCUCAGGUACUAAGUACAUACUUAAAUAUAUAUACUUGUAAAGGGACCUACUGGCUUACGGUGGCUGUAACCACGUCAACCAUUGCCACAUUGUUCAAUACUUAUUGGGACAUAUUCAGGGAUUGGGGUCUAAUGAACCGCAACUCCAAAAACCCUUGGCUUCGUGACAAACUCUUAAUCCCUUACAAAAGCAUAUACUUCAUUGCCAUGGUGGUGAAUGUGGUGCUGAGGCUGGCUUGGAUGCAGACGGUUCUUGGGAUUAGGGAAGCUCCAUUUUUGCACAGAAGAGCUUUGGUUGCUGUUGUUACCAUCUUAGAGAUUGUUCGUCGUGGCAUUUGGAACUUCUUCAGGUUGGAGAAUGAGCAUUUGAACAAUGUGGGGAAAUACAGAGCCUUCAAGUCUGUACCUUUGCCUUUUCAAGAAGUUGGAGGAAGCAAGAGCAUGUAA